UGCUGCUAGGGGAUAAAGGAUCCCAGUCUUCUCCUUCCCCUUCGUGGGGAGCUGGAUUUACACUGGGGGGGGAAAUCUUGAGCUUCUAACCUGCCCUGGACUCAAGGGACUGGACCCCAGCAUCCUCCCCUGGGGGUGCGGGGUGUUUUUUCCCCAGCGUUGAUGACCCCCGUGCUCCCAAACUCCGUUCAGGGGGCUGUUCUUACGAGCCGGAGAUCCCGUUCCCGGGGUGCGGGGGGGGCUGGGGAAGAGGUGGAGGGGAAGGAGCCACGGGGAGUCCUGUAUCCUGGAUUGCAGUCGUUCUAGGAAGGAUCCUUUCCUCUUUUGGGGUUUGUGCUGCUGCCUCUUUACCACCAAAGACUCCGGAUCCUGGCCUCUGUGACUCUGAGUGACUCCUCUACAAGAAGACAGGAGGGUUUUGAUUGUUUGUUUGUUUGUUUGGGGGGGGGGUGUUUGCUACAUUCAUUUUGGGUGGGGGGGGAGGUUAGCCACCUCGUAGACUGCUCUCGAGGACACAGCUGCUCCUUCCUUUUUCCAUCUCUUUCCUCUUCUCCCCCCUGCAACAUAUUCAAAUCUGGAUCACUAUGGAGCUGGAGAAUAUUGUAGCCAACACAGUCCUGCUGAAAGCCAGAGAAGGAGGUGGAGGGAAGCGGAAAGGGAGGAGUAAGAAAUGGAAAGAGAUCCUCAGAUUCCCACACAUCAGCCAGUGUGACGACCUACGGAAAGGCCUGGAAAGGGACUACAGCAGCCUGUGUGACAAGCAGCCCAUCGGCCGGCUGCUCUUCCGUCAGUUCUGCGAGAGGCGGCCAGAGCUGCAGCGCUGCAUCCACUUCCUUGAUGCUGUGAUCGAUUACGACCUCUCCCCGGAUGAGCGACGCAAGGAGAUGGGCGACGAGAUCAUCCGAAGGUUCUUUAAAAGCGAGUCUUCAGACUACAUGCCGGAAAUCAGCCAGGCCCUCAUGAACCAGUGCAUGGAGAACCUGCAGAAAAGUGCCUGUAAAGACCUCUUCAGCAGCUGCCUGCACCCUAUGCACGAGUACCUGAGUGGCGCACCCUUCGCCGACUAUCGGGACAGCAUGUAUUUCGACCGGUUCCUGCAGUGGAAGUACUUGGAAAGGCAGUCGGUGACCAAGGACACCUUCCGGCAAUACCGGAUCCUGGGCAAGGGGGGCUUUGGAGAGGUCUGUGCCUGCCAGGUACGAGCAACAGGCAAGAUGUACGCCUGCAAGAAGCUGGAGAAGAAGCGGAUCAAGAAGCGGAAAGGGGAGGCCAUGGCCCUGAACGAGAAGCAGAUCCUGGAGAAAGUCAACAGCAGGUUUGUGGUCAGCCUGGCCUAUGCCUACGAGACAAAGGACGCGCUCUGCCUGGUGCUGACCAUCAUGAAUGGGGGCGACCUCAAGUUCCACAUCUACAACAUGGGCAACCCUGGCUUCGAGGACGAACGCGUCAUCUUCUACGCCGCCGAGCUCUGCUGCGGGCUGCAGCACCUGCACCAGGAGGGCAUUGUCUACAGGGAUCUGAAGCCGGAGAACAUCCUCCUGGAUGAUGACGGACACAUUCGGAUCUCGGACCUGGGGCUGGCCAUUAAGAUUCCGGAGGGCGAGAUGAUCCGUGGCCGCGUCGGGACCGUUGGCUACAUGGCUCCGGAGGUGAUUAACAACGAGCGCUACACCUUCAGCCCAGACUGGUGGGGGCUGGGCUGCCUAAUCUAUGAGAUGAUCGAGGGGCAGUCGCCGUUCCGCGCCCGCAAGGAGAGGGUGAAGCGGGAGGAGGUGGAGAAGCGGGUGCAGGAGGAGCAGGAGCUGUAUUCUGACAAGUUCACCGAGGACACCAAGGCCAUCUGCAAGAUGCUCCUGACCAAGGACCCGAAGCAGCGACUGGGCUGCGGGGAGGACGGGGCCGCCCAGGUGAAGCAUCAUCCAUUCUUCAGGACCAUCAACUUCAAGCGUCUGGAGGCCGGGGUCAUAAAGCCGUCAUUUGUGCCAGAUCCUCGGGCCGUGUACUGCAAGGACGUGCUGGACAUCGAGCAGUUCUCCACCGUCAAGGGUGUCAACCUGGACCAAACGGACAGUGAUUUCUACGCCAAAUUUGCCACGGGCAGCGUCUCUAUCCCCUGGCAGAAUGAGAUGAUCGAGACCGAGUGCUUUAAAGACCUGAAUGUGUUUGGACCAAACGGGAUGCGCUCCCCGGAUCUGGACUGGAAGCAGCUCCCUGAGCCCCCCAAGCGCAGCCUGCUUCAACGGCUCUUCCGGCGGCAUCCGGCUGACUACACCAUCAGCACCAACACACACUCCAACCUCACAGCGGGCGUGAACUCGCAUCCUCCCACGGCCAACUCCGCCUGCCAAGGCCGGGCCAUAGCACAGGCACCUUCCUGACCCCCCUUCUACCAUGGAGACCCUGCUCCAUUAGAGCCAGCAUGGGCAGGCCCAGAGCCCCGACCCGGAGCCCGCCCGUGGAGCUGCCGUCCUUGCCUUCUCAGGGUUACCGUGGAUGUGAAGCUGAGGCUGUUGGAGCCAGAGCUGGGGUGAGGGGCUGUUCCAUCACCCUGCCCUGCUGGGCUGAGUCACUCAUGGAGGCUGGGUGGGAAGAUGCAGCCCCCCUCUCUCCCCCCCGCAGGACUGCGAGCCAGAUACUCUUGCUGCACCUCAUCCCAUCCGCUUGCCUCUGGGUACUGCCACCAGAGCUGGCUCAGCCCUGCUCCCGGAGGCGCAUCGCGCUGGCAGACCCUGGCACGGCCGCAAGCCAGACACAGACUGCGCAAGGGAGCUUGGAUUGCUCUGUGUGUGCGUGCGAGAGGGUGGAGUCGGCUUUCGUUGUUGCCAAUAGCUUCCUUGCCGUGCUUACAGAGGUGGCCUCUCCCAGCUGCUCACGCUCUGCCCCCGCCCCCACGGUUCCUGUUGCAAACCCUGCCCUGGGAGGCACUGUCGGCGUUGUGCCCACUCUGCGUCUGUCAGGGAGGGGGUGUUCCCUGCUGGUGUCACCCCCCUGUCACAGCCCAGGUGGGAGCCCCUAGCUGCUCAGGCUGAACAGGGGCUGGCCAUAGCCAGCUGGCUGCAGAGACCAGGGGGCAGGUGUGCAGUGUGUCUUGUAGCUGCUUGGGCCCCUUUCAGUCCAGGCAGGGUCUUUCCUGUUCUAGCACCGCCCCCGGCAGCACCGAUAGAGGGGCUCAGCCAGCCGUGUCCUGCCAGCGCAGGGGAAGCCAGAGUUACGGUUUGCUAAAGAAGGGCAAAAAUGUCUGAACCGAAGGUGGUGCUCGUGUGACUGAACUCUCCACCUUGCUGCUUCCCUCUGGCGGGGCUGCGGGUUGGGAUUGAGGGGCACCAGUGGAGCUCUGGGCUGGGGGGUCCCAGGGCUGGGAUAGCGGGGGGCUGUGGGUUGGGAUUGAGGGGCACCAGCAGGGUUGGGGGAGCCCAGGCCAGGGGAGCAAGGAGGCUCUGUUUGAGUGGGGUAGGACCCGGGGUCCUUUUAAUUUGGGGUCACGAAGGCCAUCAGUCAGUUGCACCCAAACCCCCUUGUUGAAGAGAAUUGGUGAAGGGAGCAAUGACCAAACCCCUUCUUCUCUUCUCGCCCUCUCCCAAAACCAGCACCUCUGGCUUUCCUCACUGCAGCUUCCGUUCUCUAAUCAAGUGUCCCAAAGAGUCAGUCAGUCCUCCUCUGAAUCCUGCCUCUGCCCUCGGCCCAGCAGGAGGUCACUCCUGGUUCCCUCAGCUGCCACCUACACAGGGUCUAGCAGCCUACAACGAUGGCUUGUAGCCUGGCCCAGAGGGUGAGACUAAGACCCCCUGCCCCCCAUAGCACUGGACACGGGCCCCUGGGCUGCCACUUGCCUAGGAGCGACCCGAGGCGGGGGAGUCGUCUUGGCUUCGGGCUGGAACGCGGGCAGCUGGGAGGUGCUGUGGGCUCAGAUGGGACCUGAGUGCCGUUGCUGAGUGGGAAGGGGGGGGGGGGGCAAUCUGUUUUCAUGGCACCUGAGCCCCAGCGCUGCUUGUCUCAUGGCGGGCGUUUGUGUGACAUUAGGAGCCGGCAGUGUGCAGGGAGCCCGGCGCUGGGCAAGAUGUGGGCCAUGUUUUUAUCUUUAGGGUCUGCGCCGGCCUUGUGCCGGGGGAUCUGUCUGCUCUUAACGGUUUUGGUGCUAAAGCAAGAGUCGCUCCCGGCGGAAGAAACUCGGGCUCUGAGCAGGGGAGUGACGAGAUUUCCAGGGAUCGCCCCCAAGCUGAGUUGCUGAAUACGCAAACAGCAUUCGCUCAGACUUCAGUGUGACUCUGAUGUCUUCACACAGCCCUGGGUACCUCUUUGCUCCCCUGCUGAGGCCAGAGUAAAGACCCUCUUUCUUGUCCCAGUGGCUGGUGUCCCUCCCCCCUAGGGCUGGGUAGGGAAGGAAGCUCCCAGCUCUGCCUGGUGCUAGCAACAUCAUGAGCUGUGGCAGGGGAAACCCCUUUCAAUUCCUCUUUAUGUGAAACCAUUCCUUCCUCUUCCCCCCACCAAGGUCAGUAGUUGCCAAAGGGGCUCCUCUCUUGAGACUGGCCCAUGAGGCUGUGUUGUCCCAGGAGCCGGGGCUGGCAAUAGCAGACUCCUGAGCCGGGCCAGAUCUGCCAGGCCGAGAGCCGCAGACUCGCUGCACUUUGUGGCUUCUCCCCGAUUCCAAGUCCAAUGCACAAACCCCCUUCUGUUCUCCAGCCUCACCGCUCCUUGGGGAGCUCAAUGGCGGGAGUGGGCCAUGGGGUCCGGCGGGGCACGUAGCCAGCUCUUCCAGCCCCUGGCUGUCGAGGGAGCUGCGCGUUCUGCCUGGCCGCUUGGCUCAUCGGAAUCCAAACUAGACGCUCCAUGGGGAGCUCGUGUCCCAAGGGAGGGGCUCUCUGAUGCGGAAACCAAGGUUAAAGGCAGGCUGUGCCGUGCAGUCCCACUUGAGCUCUCCCUAUCUUCAUGCCUAGAGCAGCGGGUAAAGCUGCCCCCUGCCAUGGUCCUCUAGGCCUGACCAGAGCAAACCUUGUGAGCGGUGCCCCAAAGAUAAGCCAUUUCUGUCUGAGUGACACCUGCCCCCUGUAGUAAGAAAGGGUAUUACAGCCUUAUGCCCCUCCCCUCUCUCAGCUGGAGCCUGAGCCAUGCCUGUGGUGACCUCAGCAGGUCCCGCGUUCAAAUUACUUCCAGCGUGAGCAUGUCUUCUCUGGGGAGUGGGAAUCUCUGGGAGCGCAGCGGGGCGAUGGGGUUCCAGGCCUGGCUGGACUCCUGAUUGCUUGGUGGUUGUGCGGGAGGAAUCUUCACCUCCCCAGUCCGGUUUGCGCUGGUGGAACUGGGAGCUGAGUUCCUGCCGGUGGCAGCUGCAGUGCAGGCUGGGCUGGGGCCCGUCUCUCACCUGGCUUUGAGCCCGGUCCGCAUGAUGGCUCUCACCAGCGGCGCUGGUGACUGGUGGGUCCCAUCUUUGCCAGUGCAGACAGGGCUGUCAUUGGGGGUCAUGCUGGGUUGUAAAGUAAGGAAAAGCCAGUGCUGGUGAAAUGUAGGGUGAUGGUGCAUGGGGGAGGCUGCCCCCGGGAGCAUUGCUGGAGCUGAGCAGUUGGGGUCUGGAUUUGGUCUCUGGAAGUGUCUGUGUCCCAGCCAUUGGCUUGGCUGGACUGGCAUGGACCUCGCUUUGUCCUGGUCUUGGCAACCUGCUUGGCUAGAAGUGCAAACAGGUCAGGGGGAAAACAGUGCAAUGUUGCAGGAGAUUUAGAUGCAUCAAUGGAAGAUGUGUCUAAAUCCUCUAGACUGUUUGACAGUCUCAACCCAAAUUUAAAAAACCACUGAUCCCACUGCACUCACGUUACCAACAGUAACCGAAACAGAAAGUGGUUGCAAAAAGUUGUGUUCUUGUUCCCUUCAAGCAUUUUGCUCAGCUUGGAGGGAGAAAUUAGGCAGGUUGGUGUCAGUGGGUUUCACUUCCUAGUUCUCCAGAACCAGCCCAAGAUUGCAGAGAGUGAGUUGCAAAUGCUGCAGAAGGAGGUGUAAAACCAGACUAGGUGUUGUUCAUUGACACUUUCGGGUUGAUCCAAUUAUUAAAUUCUGUGAAACACUUCAUUUAGGAAAAAGUAACUCUUGGGCCUAGAUGACAUGACUGUCCCUCUGAAAAAUACAGACUGAUGGCUUCGGUGUAAAUGAACCGGGAAAGAUUGUUUCAGAUGCUGUGUCUCUUAUCCCUGGAGCCUCAACAGAGAUCCUGAAAUAAUCCCUGCUUGGUUUUUUGAAGAACUUACAACGAUUCUAUGUGGUGGGGCUGGGCAGAGAAAGUUUCUUGACCAUGUUUGUAUCCUGCUCCAUCUUCAGAGAGGAAAAGGUCUUCUGAUACCAUUGAAAACGGGAUGUGUGAGAGAGAAAAUGGGUGUUUGUUAAGCAGACUGAGAACUGCCUUUUGCUGAAAGAUGCUCUGUGACCCACUGACCUUGUCCAGAGAGAGACUGUGCGCCACAUGGACAGUGUCUGUUUCUAUGCAAGGAUAGGGUGCUGUCUCAUGCCAGUUUCUCCAGCGGGAAGCUCUGGGGAUUCCAAACAAGACUGAAUUUCCCCCUUGCAAAAAGACACCUGUAUUUUUGUAUUUUCCUUUCUCUCAGCAUCCAUGGGCUUUGGACUGGUUUUUUACACUGUAAAUUCCUGAUUCUGGCAUAUAUGGUUUAAUUUUUGUACAUUUUGUAAACGUGUAAAUACUUAUAUGGUGAGUGCCUGGAUGUACAUUUUAAAGCUAAAAGCAGCAAAGCAAGUCAUGUGGUGACUUGUACACAUCUAUGUUUCAGGGAUAUGUUUAUGGGGAAUUUAAAACACAACAAACCCAACCUCUCAGAGGAAGAAGUGGAUGUCACUUUACCCCAAUCGAGGAGAAGCCCUCUUACUCCGCUGUAUUUUUGUAGUAAGCUUUUACAACUUUCUAAUUUGUAAUUUAAUUACAGGACUAUAUUUUAGGUUGGUUUUCUUUUUUUUCCUCUUCUGUUUUGUAAAGCACUGAAAUUACAUGCAUGGGUCAUUUUUAUUUUUUGGAGUGUGCCCUUGUAACUUCCGGAUAUACAGGUAUUUUUGGUUUUCCUGCCCCCCCACCAGUAACAAUAUACACACCUUCCCCUAGAAACAUGA